UGAAAGGGGCCGAAACAGGGUUUAUGGAGCGUGUUCGCAACGCUCUUUAACAUCGCGUGGUAACCCUAUCUCUCACCUGACAAGACAGACGGCAACCGCAAUGGUUUUGCAUUUUUUCUCUGAAUUAUUUUAUUUAUUUAAUGACGACAGCAUUCAAACGACAUAAAUAUCCCCCUUCACAGCUUAACCUGGGGAAGGAAAAGCUAAUAAGGAAACUCCUUUCAAGAUAUAUAAAAAUGAAAGGAGCUCUAUUUGCUGCAAAGCCAGAUGAAGAGGCUCUCAAAGAGCUGCUUGAUGUAUUUGGUUCUCAGUUUUCUCUUGAGGACAUAGCUUCUGCUUAUUACGAGUCAAAAGGGGAUGUCAAUGUUACAGGCAAAAUUCUUUGUGCAAGAAAUGAUGGAAGGACCUUGAGUGCUAGGGCUAAUACAUUUGAAAAUAAGUCAGCGGGAUGGGAAAGUGUAAGUGCAGUGUCUUCAGAAUAUACAUCCAGCAAUCCCAGCACUGGUGCAUUAAAGUCGAAAAAAUCUUCUGUAUCAAUGGGCAGUGUUACAGGUGUGAUAGGAAAAAACUUUGUCAAACCAGGGCCAUCAAGAUUGGACUCUCCUGUGACUACCAAACCUGUGAAAAUAGAUUCAAAGGAAUUUCCCGUCUCUGUGAUAUGGAGUGAAGAAGGUCCUGCAAGUAGAACAACAAGGAAUGGCACCACACAUGGUGAUCUGAAGGAAUUUCUGUUCAAGAUGCUAGAAGAUGGUUUUCAACUUGACAACUCUGUAAUUGAAGGACUACUUGAUUGUUGUGGUUAUGAUGUGGAAAAGAGCAUGGACGAACUGCUUGACUUGUCAGCUUCAACUCUAGAAAAGUCUGAUGAUGUUAUUGGUAUAGCUGCUGAGAAGUUUACAGGGAAAUGUCCAGAUGACCAAUUAGUUUUAGUCCAAGACAAAUCGCAAUGCAAAGAAUUUGUUCACAGUGAAGAAGCUACAUCUAUGAUAAGAAAUCCAACAGGAUCUCCAAGAAGAAAAAAAGAUAGGCUCGCUCUGGAGAAAGAAAUCUUAGAAUCAUUAUUCAGUGUUCCUGAAAGAUCUGAGGAAGCAUCAAAAAGAACUCAUUUAGUUAGGGUGGUGAGGAGAUCAAGGGCAUUUGGUGAAUUGGUGACCGAACCUCUCAAGGACACAGAUACCAGUCUUACAACUACUGCUGUGGAACUGCAGAAAAUUUCGAAAGAUGUUGUGACGAGGAAAGGUCCACUCCUCCCACAUCGGGCAAGAACGGUGGAAGAUGGACAUGAUGACGAUGAGAAUAGCUAUGAUAUGUUACGUCAAGCUGUGAAGGAGUAUUGGAUCACAAUGAAGGAGUACUGUAAAGCUGCUAUUGAGGCAUUUGCUGAGGGUGAUAAGGCACGAGCAAGCAAACUCAUGGAGCUAGUUCAUUUUUUUAACAAAAAGGCCCGAGAGGCAGAUGAAAGAUCUGCUGAAAAGAUUCUUGAAACCAGUUGCAGAGAUGAUGAAGUUUUACCUCUUGACUUGCGUAACUUUGAGCCCAAGGAAGCUGUUAAUCUUCUCAGAGUGCAUUUAACUUCUGUUUCUGGCAUCCCUUCUAUCAAGUAUCUAAAGGUCAUAGUGGGAACCAUUGAAGAAGAUACUAAAAAAGGGGCUCGAAAACGACUGGUUAAGAAACAGCUUGAGAAGGAAUCAAUUAAAUGGAAUGAGGAGGAUAAUGGUCGAAUAUUAUCAAUUCGAGUCGAUGUAAUCAACCCAAAGCACCUGAGCUUUGCAAAGAAUAAGAAUCCGAUGAAUAUGUGAUCCUCCUAAACAGAAAGGCUCAAUCAUUUCAAGGUUUUUGGUAAUACAGACUCAACCAUAGCAGUCAUCUACAAAAAGGGAAAAUUGAACAGCUUAGACAAAAUAUGGCAAUUCUUUUUCUUUUUUUUUCCAUUCAAAAUCCGAAAGAAAGUGUGCAUGUUUGAGUUUUCUCCGUCUCUUUUUCCUUCUUUUUCUUAUAAACAUGGUGGUAGAAACUGGGUUGUCAUGCAUCUUCAAUGGCUGCAAUAUUGGAACUUUGUUCUAAUACAAUUGACGUUGAUAC